GGGGGAGCGGGCUCGGCUCGGGCGCUGCCGCCGGCGUUUGGAGCGGAGGAGGGUCCCCCCGACCGCCCCCGGCUCCGGGUCCCCCUUCCCCCGGAGUGCCUGGAUGCCGGAUGGAGUAAAUGAGCGGAGGAAGAGGGAGCGCACAGAGGCUGAGAGGCGCUCGGAGACCGGGACCGGAGGAGACGGGCGGGCGGCUGGCUUCCCCCUCCGGGGCUGAACAUGGAUUCCCGAGCCCUCGGGGGCUUCGCUCUGCUGCUCUUCAAUUUUUGGCACCUGGGAUUAACCGCAACAAAUUAUAAUUGUGAUGAUGCUUUGGUAUCUCCCUUACCUUCAACAGCCCUUACCAGUUCCUCUGAGCUCUUCAGUACUCACAGUCCCAGCUUUGCAAAGCUCAACAGGCGAGAUGGAGCUGGUGGCUGGUCCCCACUGGACUCAAAUGAGCAGCAGUGGCUCCAGGUUGAUCUGGGAGACAGAGUGGAGAUUGUGGCAGUCGCUACCCAGGGCAGGUACGGGAGCUCAGACUGGGUAACCAGUUAUACGCUGAUGUUCAGCGACACCGGCCGCAACUGGAGACAGUACAGACAAGACGACACCAUCUGGGUUUUCACAGGGAACAGCAAUGCUGACAGUGUGGUUCACCACAAAUUUCUGCACUCCAUGAAAGCCCGCUUCUUGCGCUUCAUCCCUCUGAAGUGGAAUGUUGGUGGGCGGAUAGGACUGAGAGUUGAGGUCUUCGGCUGCUCCUAUAAGUCAGAUAUUGCAGACUUCGAUGGCAGAAGUUCACUCCUCUACAGGUUCAAUCAGAAGCUUAUGAGCACAUUCAAAGAUGUGGUUUCCUUGAAGUUCAAGAGCAUGCAGGGGGAUGGAGUUUUAUUCCAUGGAGAAGGACAACGUGGAGAUUACAUUACCUUGGAACUGCAGAAAGGAAAGCUCUCCUUGCACAUCAACCUGGGGGACUCCAACCUGCACUUCAGUAACAGCCACACGUCCGUCACCCUGGGCAGCCUCCUGGAUGAUCAGCACUGGCACUCAGUUCUCAUUGAGCGCUUCAACAAGCAAGUGAACUUCACGGUGGACAAGCACACCCAGCAUUUCCGAACAAAGGGGGAUUCAGAUCACUUGGAUAUUGAUUAUGAGCUCAGUUUUGGAGGGAUUCCUGUCCCAGGAAAACCAGGAACCUUUCAGAGGAAAAAUUUCCACGGGUGCAUUGAGAACCUUUAUUACAAUGGAGUCAAUAUAAUUGACCUGGCAAAAAGGCGCAAACCUCAGAUCUAUACUGUGGGGAACGUGACCUUUUCCUGCUCAGAACCGCAAAUUGUUCCUAUCACCUUUGUCAGCGCCAGUCGAAGCUACUUGCUAUUACCUGGCACUCCUCAAAUUGACGGUUUGUCAGUCAGCUUCCAGUUUCGAACAUGGAAUAAAGACGGCUUACUUCUGUUCACUGAAUUGUCUGAAAAUUCAGGACCUCUCUUGAUUUACCUUCAUAGUGGGAGAUUGACGCUACUUAUUCAGAAAGGGACAGAGAACCCAGUGGAAAUCAAUGAAGGCACCAAUCUCAAUGAUGGACUUUGGCAUUCUGUUAACAUCAACGCCAGAAGACAUCGCAUUACCCUGACACUGGAUAACAACGCUGCCACUGCUAGCCAUGCAACCACUGUCUCAAGGAUCUACUCUGGGAACAGCUACUAUUUUGGAGGGUGCCCUGACAAUUUCACCGAUUCCCAAUGUUUAAAUCCCAUUACUGCUUUUCAAGGCUGUAUGAGGCUCAUCUUUAUUGAUAACCAGCCCAAGGACCUCAUUUUAGUUCAGCAAGGCUCCCUGGGGAAUUUUAGUGAUUUACACAUUGAUCUGUGUGGCAUCAAAGACAGAUGUUUACCCAACUACUGUGAACAUGGAGGAAAAUGCUCUCAGUCCUGGACCACCUUUUACUGCGAUUGUAAUAAUACAGGCUACGUAGGAGCUACCUGUCAUAACUCUAUCUAUGAACAAUCUUGUGAGGCUUACCGACACCAAGGGAAGACAUCAGGUUUCUUCUACAUUGAUUCUGAUGGAAGUGGACCACUUGGACCACUCCGUGUUUUUUGCAAUAUAACAGAAGAUAAGAUCUGGACUACAGUGCAGCACAACAACACAGGGCUAACCAGAGUCCAAGGAGCUGGUCUGGAGAAGCCGUACACUACAUCCUUUAACUACAACAGCAGUGCAGAACAGCUUGAAGCUAUGAUAAACAGUGCAGAGUACUGCGAACAGGAGGCAGCCUACCACUGCAAAAAGUCACGUCUCUUGAACACUCCGAAUGGAAUGCCAUUUGCUUGGUGGGUUGGCCGUGCCAAUGAAAAGCAUCUUUACUGGGGAGGAUCUCUUCCGGGCAUUCAACAGUGUGCAUGUGGACUGGAAGAAAGUUGUCUGGAUAUGAGAUAUUUUUGCAACUGUGACGCAGAUAGAGAAGAAUGGACAAAUGAUACCGGCCUCCUCGCUUUCAAAGACCAUUUGCCUGUAACUCAGAUAGUGAUCACUGACACAAACAGAUCAAAUUCUGAGGCUGCUUGGAAAAUCGGCCCUUUGCGUUGCUAUGGAGACUGGCAGUUCUGGAACGCUGCUUCCUUCAACACAGAGGCCUCCUACCUGCACUUCCCCACCUUCCAUGCCGAGGUCAGCGCAGACAUCUCCUUCUUCUUCAAAACUACUGCCGUUUCCGGGGUAUUCUUGGAAAACCUGGGGAUUAAGGACUUCAUACGAGUUGAAAUAAGCUCCCCCAAAGAGAUCACCUUCUCCAUAGAUGUCGGCAAUGGCCCCACAGAAGCCACUGUGCAGUCUCCCACACCCCUGAAUGACAACCAGUGGCACUAUGUCCGAGCGGAGAGGAACCUCAAGCAAACCUCUCUCCAGGUGGACAGCCUCCCCAAGAAGGUCCUGGAGGCACCUGCCGAGGGGCAUUUCCGCUUGCAGCUUAACAGCCAAUUAUUUGUAGGGGGAACAGCUUCCAGACAAAAGGGAUUUUUAGGAUGCAUUCGAUCUCUGCACUUAAACGGACAGAAACUUGACCUUGAAGAGAGAGCUAAAAUGACAGCUGGUGUUAAACCUGGAUGUCCAGGACACUGCAGCAGUUACGGUAACCUGUGCCAUAAUGGAGGAAAAUGUGUGGAGAAGUAUAACGGUUACUCCUGUGAUUGUACCAACUCAGCCUACGAAGGACCUUUCUGCAAGGAAGAGGUUUCUGCAUUAUUUGAAGCUGGCACUUCCAUUACCUAUAUUUUCCAAGAACCUUAUCCUGUCACAAAAAAUGCAAGUACUUCAAGCUCUGCCAUUUAUGCGGAUGCUGUUAUGUCCAAGGAAAAUAUUGCAUUUAGCUUUCUCACGGCACAUACUCCAAGCCUUCUGUUGUACAUCAACACCUACUUUCAUGAAUAUUUGGCUGUGAUUCUCUCCAAGAAUGGAAGUUUACAGGUCCGAUACAAGCUGAGUAAGGAUGGACUCCUCAUUUUCACCAUUGAUUCCGGAAAUUUUGCCAAUCGAGAGCUUCACCACGUGAAGAUUAAUAGAGAAGGCAGAGAGCUCAUCAUUCAGGUUGAUCAAGUUCUCAAACUCAAACACAACUUUUCUGAGAUUGAUUUUAAGGCCAUCAAAUCACUCACCUUGGGCAAGGUCACAGAUAGUUUGUCACUGGACCCUGAAGUCUCAAAGGCAAAUGCCUAUGGUUUCACUGGCUGCCUGUCCUCUGUUCGGUACAACAACAUCGCUCCCCUGAAAGCCGCCUUACGCCAUCCCAGCGUUGCUCCUGUGACUGUCAAAGGUUCCUUGACUGAAUCCAGCUGUGCAUCCAUAAUGGAAGCUGAUGUGAACACAGUAACUACGAUAUAUUCCUCAUCAGAUCCUUUUGGGAAGACAGAUGAAAGAGAGCCUCUCACCAAUGCAGUCAGAAGCGAUUCAGCUGUGAUUGGAGGUGUAAUAGCAGUUGUGAUAUUCGUCAUCUUUUGCAUCAUUGCCAUCAUGAGCAGAUUCCUCUAUCAACAUAAACAAGCACAUCGAAAUAGCCAGACAAAGGAGAAAGAAUACCCGGAAAACCUCGAGAGCUCCUUUAAAGCUGACAUUGACUUGCAGAACACAGUGAGCGAGUGCAAACGGGAAUAUUUCAUCUGAUGGACAAUGCAAUUUCUUCUUACUCUUUCUUCCCUAACCUUCCUUUCUUUAUUCCUUCUUUUUUUCUUUUUGUAAUUUUUUUUAAACAUUCAUUUUUUGCUAACUUCUUUUUCAUUUGGAAAAGACUGCCCUGCACAGGAAACACUGACAACAAUCACAGUACCUCGUUCUCUGCACAAGAACCUGACUGUCACAGUUUACUUCUGCAGCUCAAGAGACCACCCUACACAAAAUAAGAUCCACAUGCACACCUGGUUUCUGCUGUGGGUUCCUGGAUGUUUCAAAGUCUCUACAUUUAUUUGUGCUUUUCUCUGGAGCCAUUUAAUUCAUCACUUUUACACUAGAGCUGGACUAUGUAAAGUAGAGGUAAAGUAGCUGAACACGUAGCUCUACAGAUACUGGGACAGGAUAGAGGGAAAGAAUGAGACCAAAAUGCCUGAUUAAUUUUACAGGCUCAUUUAGAGCAAUCAUAAAGAACUGGCCAAAUUCUCAAACUGUAUGAAUUGAUAUAUGCCUAUUGAUUUCAAUGGUUUUACAUUAAUCUAUAGUUGAGAAGCUGGUCUGAAGUAAGGAAAAAUAAAACUGUCCUCAUUAAGCUCCUUCCCCCAACCUCCUGUCCUUUUACUGUAACUUUUAGGCUUAUCAGUACUUUUCCAACAAUAUAUGUAUCAACAAUAAAUGUCAUUCCCAUGCACCUCUUUCACCUUCAUCUCAUAUGGCUGGCUAUGUAGACCCAACAUACUCUAGCAUAACUCUAGCUGAAGCAUGGAAAGUAGUAGCUUGAAUCUCCAAGGGUUAUAGGAAGCUGCUAGGACUUAGGUGCUCUAUAUUUCUCUGAAAUAUUAGAAAUGCAACAUAUAUCUGUUCAUGCCAUAUGGAGGGUUAUCAUGCACUGAGGUUAAAUGCUGUUGCUGUUGUAGCAAAGAAAAAGUACAUAGACAAGAAAAAACAAAAAUAGCUUAAUCUUAAAUAUGACUCACACCUUCUGCCAGUCCUUCUAAAAAAGAAAAAAAUUCAACUACUAAAAAAAAAAGGAAACAAAACUGCAUGAAAGAUUGGUUGGUAUUUCCUGUUUGUAGAAAUUGGAGUAUCUUUUCCAAAGUUAAAUAGAGAGAGGUCUGAUGUCACAUCUAAAAAGCUUAAAAUUUAAUCAAGCCUGUUUAGAAGGAAGAACAUUAGGCAAACAAGUUAGAAAAGAUCCCAAAUACUCUUCUUUGAAUUAGCCUCUGUCCUGUUUUUCUAAAGUCUUCUGUCCUUUCCUGAUUGGGAACAAUACUGAAGACUCAAAUACUGCCCAUUUCACGUGUGCUGCAUGGUUUCAGUGUGAGGCUGAAAGACCUUCUUUUCGGUCACAGACAUCCUAAGGUAAGAAAUGGAGAAGUCCCACCAAGGGAUGUUUUUCACACCCUGCGUGUGUCUGUGACAUACUGCCUUCGCAGGGUUUCUGAAGACUAUGUAGAUUUUGCUGUCAGACUUGAAGGUUUCUGACAGGAGUUGAAUCAAUCCAAUAGAUAAGAAAAAAAAAAAAAAUACCCUAUUUAUUGCAGUGCUCUUGAUAAGAAUCAAUUCAGUACAAUUAAUUGUGUAGCUGAAUCCCUUUCUUUGCCCCCUUCACCCUUCUGCAGUCAUUCUGGGGUUUCCACACGGUGAUCCUUUUCACAUAGAUUAAAAUCAAAGAAUCCCAGUAUGAGGUAAUAACCUACAGCAAACUAGCGAUGACGCUACCCAUCCAACAGGUGCUUUUUUUCCAGGCAAUGCAUUGCAAAGGUAUGUAGAUGGUUAUUUUUUUUUUUUUAUGGGAGGAGGGGACAGACAAGGAAGAAUAAAUAAAUGACAGUGUGGAUGUGGUGAUUCUUCACCGCUUCUUUUGGAAGAUUUUGUGAGAAAUAGCGUCAGUGAAGAGAAAGCAAUCUUGGUAUGAUAUUGCUCUCACAUGAAGAGGAAUAUGUGAGGCCAGCCCCAUAAUCGGAACUCUGUCUGAGCAAUUUUAUAAAGCUAUUUAUAUUGAAAUUAGUAUUGGUGCCAUUCUUCCUUGAUCACAGUCAACAACAGCCGUUUUGCUUCAUGCUGGCUGUUUGCAUGAUACAUGACUACGUGAGAGUGUUUCUGCAUGAUGAGAUGUGUAAUGAUGGACUCAUUAGCUGUUUUCCCUGUACAUUGCUUUAUCUUUUGUGGUGAGAUCCUGGCAAAGCAAUUCUCUUUUCUCCUUCCUUCCUUCCUUCCCCCAGAUAAAGCUGCUUUGUUUUUCAUGGUGGGAGGGGAGGAAUAAGUAAGCACACGGGCUCCUCUGCCCAAGUUUGAGUCAUCUUAUCUGAAACGGACUCUAUAUGAGACAUCUCUGAAUCCUAAUGUACUUAAUUAACUUUAUGGAGAAUGGAAUAGGAAGUAGAGGAAAGCCCACAGCUGUAUGUUUUCUCUAGCCAAACUAACAGAUACAAAUCAUCCUUCUGCUUUCCCACUUGUUAAUUUCCAGGAAUAAAAUUACUACAAAGUGCAACAAUAAAGCACAAAGCACCUCCAGCAGUGGAGUAUCUGGAAAAGGGAGACUGAGCUAUGAAGCAGAGUCCUGUCAUUUCUCAAGUGACUAAAUUACUUUUGGCCAUCUUAGGACCUGAUUCUGCAAGACACUGUUCUUUCUCAAGGAGGGUCAAGUUCCCUUCACCAAAUGCAGAUAUUAGUGUUGCUGCAAAUUUUUCAGAUAAAGCUCAGUCCUAGGCCAGAGAGCAGGUGUAAGUGGAAUGCUGUGUGCAAAACCAGACCUGGCAAAACAGUGUAAGUGGUUUGUUUAUCUUUGUUUCCUUAUCCUCAUUUAAUAUAGCUCAGGCUGGUAAAACUCUUUGAAAAGUAUAGCUGCGUUGGUGUGAAUCCGUAAAACGAAGAAGUGCACAGACAAAAGUACAUGCCUGAGUAUACAGAACCAUAUGUGUCUAUACCUAUGGAUGUAAUAAGUUGUGAGUAUUUAUACGCAACAGGGCUGGACAAAUGAACACAUUUGUAUGGACUUGCCAUUUAAAAUCCUAUCUUCUAAAUCAGGAUUUCAAUAUUAUUCUUAUUAAAAGGUAGCUAAAAGACAGCAUAUGAAGUACCCUAAUACUAAGUCUUUUUUUUUUACUUUUUGACAAUGCUUUCAUUAGUGAGGGCAUCAUCUGAUUUACCUCACUACCAGUUAAAGGGAAUUAAAAAUAAUUAUUUAAAAGAGAGAAGAAAUGCAAUUUUGCAAAAUUCUACCAGUGUUAAAAUUCCUUUAGUUUUCCACAGUUCAAAUUAGAAAUCUUAUUACAAACCACUUUGCUAUUUUUGUUAAAGUUGCUGUUUAAUUGUGGGGCUCUUCCCCUUUUUCUUUUAGCUAUCAUUCCAGAUAACAUUUUUCAGUAAACGUGGGGAAAGAUACUAUUAAUAUAUGAAAUGUCAGGAUUUAUGUGAGUAAUUUUUUGAGUAACUUGGUCUAGUGGAAGGUGUCCCUACCCAUAGCAGAUGGGUUGGAACUAGAUGAUCUUUGAGGUCCCUUCCAACUCAAACCAUUCUAUGAUUUUAUGAUUCUUUUAAAGGAAAUCUGAGGGUAUCAAAGAAUUGUUUGGAGACGUUUGGGUUUUCUUCCUUCUCUCAAGACAAGUUUCAUAACAAAAGUAAGGGGCUGGUAGAAGGAUACUAAGUCUCUUUUUUUCUCUCAUGGUGUUAUGGCAUGGAACCUCUGAAAAUUAUUUUUGCUAGGCAGGGAUUUUUAGGCUAUAGAAUUUCUAAACCACUGAGAUAUCAAUUUAGGCACUGCAAAAAUCCUGUUUUCCAGAAAUUAUUUGGCCAAUAACAGCCAUGCUUAUAAAGAUGUUUAGUCAUGCAAAGUGUGAGUUGGAUGCCUGUAAGGACUGCCUGAGAACCCUCAUGGCUGGCUACAGAGACAAAUGAAUGCUGUCUGACAGAAAACUAAAUCCCACUAACUUUCAGUGAGACAUAAGCUGCCACCUGAGUGCAGUGUGGGCUUUCAAAGGAAUUUAGACUCCUGAGGAUGUGGAUCAAUGCUUAAGUGACUAAACAAGAAGAGCACUUGAUUCAAAUUAAUUUCAGUUGAAUUUCUGCUUCUGCCUCACUGUGAAAUGUUUAAAGAUACUACAAGACAUUUAAAUACCUUUGAAAAUUGAGUCCCAUUUGUCUUUUGGAAAUAAAACACUGGUUCUAAGCAAGUCACCUAUGUAAUUCGCAGUAUUUCAUCUGUCCUUAUUCACUUACUGGAGACAAGACAGUAUGAAUGUUUUGAGUAAAUUUUUAAGAUGUACACUUUCUUUUCUUUUUCUUGCCAUGGCACAGUACUUAGGGUACAUCUGUAGUGAAAUCAAAGCCAAACAAAAGACAGGUUUUUAACUCACAUGAGCUAAAUCAGGAUUCUCAGCUGGGUGAACCAAGCUGUGAAAACAAGCCAUUUAGGGAUGUACUGUUAUCAUAUUGUGUUCAGUCAUGAGAUUACCCUGACAUUUAAGUUAAAACUGAUGGCCGAAAUUCAAACAUGAGAUGCUUUCUGUCUGCUUUAUUUUAACCUUAUUAAGCCAGACUUAACCCAUCCUGUUUAGCAAUUGUUCCAUUUUUAUACUGUAAGCCAAACCCUUAUUUUAAUGAGAUGUUUGUCUAUAUUAACAUUUAGCUGAUCACAUAUUUCACAUAUUGGGUGAGGAGCAAUCAAUACAUCAUAUAGUUUCACUAUAGUGAGGGGAUAUGAAUCUUCUCCUAAUGAAGUUAACUAUCAAUUUUGCUGAGAAUAAGAUUGAGUCCCAGACCUAUGGAAGCACUUGAAGAUUGCUUUUAUCUGAGUCUUUGGGGUUUGCUUCAUUUUGCAUUUGGCUACCUGUUUCACCCUUGUCAUCCAGGCCAGAUCCAGGCCAUGUGGUCAGUGAAGACAGGGAAAAUGUCUCAGACAAGCUUGAAGAUUAAAUUAAUCACUGUCUAGAGGCGCAUCUUGCUCUCUAUUGAUUACAGAGGUAAGGUAGGCUCCUGGCAGUAGGUUAGCUACUUCUAGCAGAAUUUGCCUACAUAUAGGAAUCUUACACUAGUCUUGCAGCUUUGGUAGACACAUCUGCACAGGUCUUAAAAGAGACUUGUUUUUUUAUUGAGAUGCCAGCUGGGAUCAAGGAAGGACACCUCCCUGCAUCUAAAAUUAGACUAGACAUCUCUGCUUAGGAAAUGCAUGCAUCUACUUAUAGUCAAAUACAUGAAAAUGAGGUGUCAAAGCACCCAUUUGAGUCAGUGGCCCUCUGAUCAAUAAUCUGUCGGGUUUGGGAGAGGAUAGCUCUCCUUCCAGUCUAUUCUAGAUCCAGGAUCCAUCCAUUGCCUCGUAUGGGAUCUUUGGUAGAUAGCAUACGUGUAGACAGAUCUACACAGAUUUUAUAAGCUAAAGCUGACUCGGACCCCCAAGAUAGAUACCUUUCUAGCUCUGCGUAUCUGGUGCCAUUUGAGAUGAAAUAGAGUAUUCUGCAGCUCUAGUAAGGCUGUAAGUCUCCUGCCUGUCAUGUCUCACAUCUGCUAGCCCCAAGCAGAUAUGUCUGAUACCUGUUGGCUUUUCAAAUUAUAGUAAGGGCCCAUCCAGAACCACUAAGUUCUCGAUGAGAUGAAUCACUGAAAAAAAUCCCCCCUUUAGAAGAAAAUCAAGCUUCCUUUCCAGCAGUGUAAGCCAAUUAGUUUAAGCGUGUCCUUCGCCUCAGCUUAACAAGAGUAUUACAGGAGUCAGGAUUUGAUCACUUUGUGUUCCACCAUCUCAUGCCAUUGUUGUUUGUUGCCAUCACUUACACAAAACUACUGUUCUGCACUGCCAGCUUUCCACAGACACAAAAGUGAUUUUUUUUUUUUUUUCAGAAAGCAACACUAUGUAAAAGGCUUGAGCAAAAACUGAGACCUUGUGAGGCUUUCUAAGACAAGAGCUAUUUCAAAGCCUUCAUGCAGUUUUGUAAUGCUUACUUAUCAAACAAGAUAAGCGAUACAAUUACAUCCCUGCCAAACCAAGAGCCUAAUCCAGAGUAUUUUGAGGUUGGUGGGAGGCCUCUUGGUUGACUACAGUUAGAGUUGCACCAUGCCCUUGAUGAUUUUUUUGGGGUUUUCCUCACAAGUUACUAUCACAGCUUCAAAGCAUGAUUUGUUUCCUUUGGUUCUGCACUUUGCUGUGCUUCCUUUUCCAAUGAAAAGAUCUCCACAUUUGCUUUCAGUGUGAGAGGUCCCCUCCUCCAUGCUCCUUUUGCACAUGAAACUUCUAAACACACUCUUCUUUUGGGUCUGAACUACCUUUUAUCUUUGGUUGUUUAUUUUGAAUCAUACAUAUAGGAGUUUGGAUAUUUCUAUGUAUUGGUACUUACUUACUUUUGUGAUCUUUUGCACUAAGUUAUGCUGACAAAAACAAAAACUGGGGAAAAAAAAGCACACUUUCUGGUGAAAUAUUGUAAUUUGUAAGCUCGUUGUUUGUUGUUUGUAAUGUACUGAGUCUACAAGCCGAGCUAAGGAAGGAUUAAGGCAACAGUUUGUGUUGACAGUGUCAUUCUGUAUCUAGUUCGCCUUUUUUCUUUUUCUCUCCAUUUUUCUUUAACAUGUGGGGCUGUCAAAUUGGUGGUAAGAGGCAGAGGAACUUGAGUUACAACUCUAACCAAGGUUAUGAUUUUUCUCCUGGAAGUCACAGAAACCAGAAAUUCGAAGAAAUUUCAUGAUCCUCAAAAUGUCAGCCAGCUGUUCAGCCAGAAGGGAAACUGCCUUCCACUAUAGAGAUGUAGUCACCUAGAGUUGGUGACCUGUAAGGGAAAAUGGGGACAUUAACUCUCCAGAUUAGAAUUUCGAUGAGGCAGGUUAGGAAGCAAAAGCUCUCAGAAUGGUUAUGCUGUUGGAAACAAGGGGUGGUAAUCACCAGGCGGAUAUGAGGGUUUCAGGUCUUUUUCCAGGAUUCAUUUUUGCCAUGGAAUGAAUUACUAGUUAGUCUGCUGAAACAUAGCCUUAAUUUUCCUGAUGAUCUGUAAAGUAUCAGAGAUGUGCUUCAAACAUGGGAGAGGCUUUCAAACCUGUGGCUGAUACUAGUCUGAAUCUCCAGGUAGAUCUCUGGAGCUCUCCCUGUUACCUGAAGGAAGAAUCCGGCAUGGUUCCCCUCAAACAAUUGUAACAUUUAAUACAAUGUUGGGUACAACAGGUGACCCAAAGAAAGAUGUUUGCUUAGAAACUCCUCCCUUCAUCCCUCCUUCACUUAGGAUGUGGCAGCUUUUUUCUAAGAUACUGACUGCUAUCACAUUGCAACACCAUUUUCUUCCUGAUUACCUGGUCAUAACUCUUCAUGGAUUUCAGUCCCACAACCCUAAAGAGAUUCCGAUUGAUAAAAUUUCUGCAUGGGAAAUUAUUUACUCAUUUUUUGCAUGCCAUAGCCCUUACAGUUCCUUCUUGCAUCCUUUAGGCAAACCAUUUUCUCACGUGUUUUGACAUUUCUGCCAAUGCUGAGCACGUGUAUCGUUAAGAAAGAAAACUGAUUGCUUCUGAGGUAAAGCUUAGAUACAGCCAGUCACAGCCUCACAACCCACUCACGACACAGAGGAGUACUCAGACACCCAAGACCCCUCUAUGUAAUUUCAAGUACAGGUUAGGAGAACAGGCAGGUAUAUGUUUUUUCAGACAUCCAACCAUAAAGAUCUCUACUCUGUCAGUUUUAUAAACGAAAUGUUAUAGAUAGACCAUUAUAUCUAGAUGAUAGCAAGAAGCUAAACAUUGUAGUACCUGACCUGCUUUGAAACCCACUGCGUGGAAGAAACAGAGCCAGCUUCAGCCCUGGUUGUAAUCCUGUUGAGGUCAAUGCAAAGAUACAUCACAGAUGAAUUUAGCCUCUGGUUGCCCUAAGCAAGGGCAGUGAUGAUCUCCUGCAAACCAGGGCUGACAUGUAUGGAUUCGAGUCAAGACCUUAUAUUCAUCAUCCCCUACUGCUGUCAACAAGAGUUGCAUUCACUGCAAUUGUGUGUGUCUUCUAGCAGAACUGUGGAUAAUCCAAACUUGGGAUAGGGCAAUGGACUUCAGCUCCACUUAAGACCAUGGCAUAGCUUAAGUCACUUUCAGGAGUUUCUGAAAGUGUGUGUAGGGGGAAGGGUGGUCUGUGGGCGGUGUGUUGCCAACCAACUUAGGAGCCCACCCACUGACGUUGGAAGGAUUGUAUGGCAUUUUAAUGGAGUUCACCCCUGGGCAGACUGCAGUGAACUGCAUCCUACUUAAAUGAAAGCACCCUAAAAAAAUAUAUGCAAAAAGAACAGUUUCACAGUCUGUGAAAACUAGCUGAGAUUAAAUACUUAUAAUAAUAAAAAAUUGGCCCUUCUACAGACAAACCCUUCAUCAUUCAUUUUACUUUUUUCUACUCCAAUUAUAUUAAAUAAAUCUCUCAGAACACUGCUUAAAUAAGCAAAGCAAAAAAAAAAAGUCUUUUUUUUUUCCUUUCUUUUAAUUGUCUGUCCAAGGGUAAUGCAAGAGUCUCUCAGUUACAGUAAAAUGCAAAAUGGAGAUUUAGAUUAUUCCCCUUUCACUAUCUGGUUUUCUAAAGAGAAUUCCACAGGUCGUUGCCUCAGUCCAAGUCAGUUUUGUAGACAAUGUAACAUGUCUUAAUACACUGUGGGGGGAUUGAAAAAAAAUUAGCCUUAGCUUCUUUUGUUUUCUAUGGUUACUGUUGUACAGAAGAAAGACUUAAACUGUAAAUAAUGUAUAUUUAAUAAAAAGAGACUUUUUGUAUGAUUUUUGUGUGGAAGA